AAAAAAACCUACUGCUAUGUGUGUAGUUACAACAUCCGGGUACUUUCAGAGUCCUUAGAUACCGCGCGCACGCUGUAAACAUCAACAGGAUGAGAAGCUUUCACUUCACAGCGUAAAGAUGAUAUGGAGGGAACUAAAGGUCAUCUAAAGGAGAUUUGUCUGGAUCCAGAGAGGUUAAAGGAGAUCACUGGAUGUCUAUCAAAGAAUCAGAUUGCUGUAUGUGAAGACUAUAUGGACAUCACAAAGGGAAGUCUGGAUGAUAUUUCUCGACCGGCUUCCAGUGAUCGUUCUCACGCUGGCAGUCGAGAGUCUUUCUCUGAGAUGGGACACAGAUCUCUGGAGGUGCUCAGUCCUGAUGUCACUGAUACGAGGCAGAUUCAAGAGAGCACGCAUGAGAUGAGCGAUUGUGAAGAACACAAAUCUGAUCACGAUUCUGACGAGGAAGCUAAAGAUUCAGAGUUGGAAAAAGCCAUGAAGAAAAUGAAGAAACUGGAUGAGAUUCUGUCUCUUAAGGUUUCAGUGGAAAGGGAGGUGAAGAGGAAAAGCAGAGAGCUUCAUCAGAGACUCUGGCAGGAGCUACAGGCUGUUAGUCUCAGAGCGAGUCCAGAGAGCAGCGAUGAGAUGGACAACACCAGACGCUUUCUAUUAUUGACGCCUGAAAGGUUUGAGGAUUGCAGUGAAGAUGUGGAUUAUGUACCUGUGUUUGAAACUGAAGUUCUAGAAGAUUUAAACCUGAAAUCUCUGAAAGAAGAAAAUGCACAAAGCGAUAAGACUGAAUUAGGUCAGCAGGUGAUUGAAGAUCAGACUCCAGACAUCAGACAUGGAGCUGCUCAGAGCAAGCGCAGGCAAGAUUUUGUCAAGAAAAACAUUGAGCUGGCAGGAUCAUCAGUUCUGUUGACCAAUCAGGAGAGAGAGAGACUUGAGGAACUUCUCAAAGAUUUAGAAGAAGAUCAGAACAAUACAGAGCCAAUGAGUCGACGUGAGGUGUCUCUGUGUGCUGCUGUCUAUGGUGAAGGUUUCGGUCCAGAACUCCAACAUCUCCUCCAUAUUGACUCCAGACUGCAGCAGCUGCUUCCCGUCAAUGACUUCACGUCUGUGAGGAGCUCAUGGACCGAAGCCGGCUCAUCGCAGAGUUUAGAUGAGAUGAAGAUGGGAGACAGAGUCUUGUGGGACGUGAGAGAGAGACGAGAGCAAGAGAAACGUCUGCGAGAAAUCCAACAUCAGCUGCAGCUUCUGGAUGAGAUAGAGAAGAGUGAUCAAUUGAAGAAGCAAAAGUGCGUACGGCUGCUGAGACCCUGACGUGGCGCUGAACACAGCAGUGAGACACUGAUGAUGAUGAUGAUGAUGAUGAAGAACAGUUUCUGAUUUGUUUUUAAAUCACUUCAGGACUUUUGUGUGUGUUUUUGUUGGCCGUCCUCAAGUUGGAUAGUAGUUGUGCUAACAGGUUGAUUUAUUGUCAGGAAAUAUCCCAGAAAGAUCUAAAUGCAAACACUGAAUGAUGUCAGAUUUACUUUCUAACCACAGAGGGUGAAAACUCUCAGUUAUUAGAACUAAAUCAAAGUCCCAAAUUGUGCAAAUAUCAACUAAACAAGUCAAAUAUUAGUUUGACCUCUUGAGAUGAACGGUUUUAAAACUAAUCUGUCAUUUAAAAGCUGUGUGUGU